AUGACACACAGCUUCACCCUCACUGGUGAGAAGCAGGCUGGAAGACAGGUCGUGACAACCUCAGAGGAAUACAUGAGAGCCUUUUCGGUAAAGUGACUGAAUCAAGUCCGACCCUCAAGUUUAGCCCCUCUGGCAGUGUUCAGGAAAGAUCAGGCCAGCGGACAAAAGAAGGCAGGAACCAGGACUGCUAAUUCAAAAUUAAUUGCUUCAGGAGAUCUAUAUUACAAGGUGCAGUACGAACAGGAAGACGAGCUGAAGAAGCACCAUGAAACCCUUGUCCACAUUCAGCUUGAUCCUGAGGGACGGCCUCUGUCAUGGGACUCCAUCACAGAUGAACCCCUCCCGACGCUGGACUCUUCUUUGGCAUGCUCGCCCGAUCCACUACAUGUUUCUAUGGCUUUCGGAGUAUCACUAGCCCUGGCCUGUGUCUGCCUGGGUGAGGUGCACCUCAACCCGGUGGUUACCCUGGCUUUGGUUGCAGGCUUGAGGGUAAGCCCCUGGCGGGCUGUCCUCUUGGUGGGAGCCCAGCUGCUUGGUGCCCUCAGUGCAUGUUCUCUCCUGUUAGGCAUCACGCCGACUUCCCUAAAGAGCAACCUGGGGGUUAAUGAGGUGUGAUUGAUGAUGGUUGAAGCUGUUCUGGAUCUUCUGAUCUGUUCUCUACAUCAGUGUUCCCACACCCUGUUCUUGGAGAGAAAGUGAGGAAACAGCAAGAUGGGCAUGGAUGGAUGGAGGGAGAUAGAAAGUGAGAGAGAGAGAAGGGAAGAGAAAAUAGUUUGCCAGGUGGCCCCGGGGGUAUAUCUGUAUCAGGCUCUGUUAGUGGAGAUGGCUGUUACAUUCCAGCUAGUGCUGUGUGUCCAGGCUGCCGCUCAUCCCAAAUCAGCGUUUUCCUCUGUGGCCCCUGCCAUCAUCGGCCUGUCUGUCACCCUUGGUCAUCUUGUGGCGAUUGGCUUCACAGGCUGUGGAAUGAAUCCUGCCAGGUCAUUUGGUCCAGCUGUGUUAACUAUGAACUUCCACAAUCACUGGGUGUAUUGGGUGGGGCCUUGUGCUGGCUCUCUCCUUGCCUGGCUACUGCAUGACCUGGUUCUCCAUCCUCGUUGGAGCUGCCUUGGUGACUGGGUGACAGAAUGUAAAGAGACACUCCUGAAAGAUCUUUCCAAGCAGUCCAGAGGUCCUGAAAACCAUAUGGAAGCGUAG